AUGAAGGGCCUAGGGAAGUAUUUUAAAAAUCCUAGCACUCAACAGAAGGAGGACACACACAGGAAGGUUUCCUUGGGCAUUGGCAAAACAAGUAACGUGGCAAAACAGUCUGGAGAAACCAGUCUAGACGAAAAGGUGCGAAUUUUGGAGGCCGAAUUGAAAGCGAAGGAUGCAGAGCUAACGGAAAAGAGCAACACAAUCAAGUGUCUUCAGGACUUUAAGGCAGGCAUUGGACUUAAAUCCUCUGCAGCUGACUAUUAUCAUGUCAAGGAUAAAGCCUGCGUCCAAUUAAUCCGUGACACACAGCAGUUGUAUCGUGAGUUGGAGGACUUCAACAAACUAGUGAAUUGCGAUGACAAGAGUAAAUAUGAACUACCAAUGCCACCACCAGGAAUAUCGUUGAACUCGUCGAGUGGUGUAGGCGUAAAAGAAACAAUCGUACCACUUCACCGACAGCGUACUGCCCAUGAUGGCACUGCUGGUGCCCCGGCUUCUGCUGAAGGCAACUCGAUGUUAGCCAACAUUCGAAGAAGCUGGGAGGAUCGUAAUCUAAAGGUUCUCGAUCUGAAUGACCGUUUGAAAGCAGCCUACGACUUGAUUACGGAAUUGAGCAAGCCAGACUCAGCAGUGCCCUCAGAUGGUGCGAAGGGUCCUAUCGCCGCAAAUUCGGUGUUGAAGACAAAAAAGGCACCUCGACCGGACGCCCCUUCAGAGCCGGCCCUGUGGUAUGUGCCAGAGAAGGGUGGAGUGAAUGCCAAGCAGAAGAAUAUGCUACUGUCAUUGGUUGGAGGUGAGAUGGAUGAGGAAUCAGAGGAGGAAGAUGGGAAUCGUGCCCAACCUACCAUGACUCAUGGACCCAUGGCAAACGAUUCUGGGCCAACUAUGAUGGAAACAAAUUUCUACGGUAAUGAAGAAAAACCGGUGGGUUACUGCGUGUGA